CUUUUACCAUCACAUUGCUGAUGUUGGUUGAGCCGGCUCUGCGGUAACCAUAUUUAUAAAACUGCUUUUAUUCCAAGUCGACUAGUAGUCAGUCGACAUUCUACCUACGCGCAAGCCACUCCUUCAGUUCCGCGCCUAUCAGUUGAACUCGUCUGAGCCAAGAUGCCACUGGACUUGUAUUACGUACCCGGAAGCGCGCCAUGUCGGGCCGUUCGAACGACCGCCGGAGCACUUGGGGUCGAAUUGAAUUUAAAACUUCUCGAUUUGCACAACGGUGAACAUUUGAAACCAGAAUUUUUGAAGAUAAAUCCGGUACAUACAGUUCCCACCCUGGACGACAAUGGUUUUCAUCUGUGGGAAAGCCGUGCGAUCAUGGGAUAUCUGGUCGAUAAAUACGGCAAGGACGACUCCUUGAAUCCGAAGGACCCUCAGGCUCGCGCACUGGUCAACCAGAGACUCUACUUCGACAUGGGAACUCUGUACACCUCUUUCGCCGAGUAUUACUAUCCGCCGAUAUUCGAAGGUGCACCGGUCAAUCCCGAGAAGGUGAAGAAAAUCGAACAGGCGUUCGAAUUCUUGGACAAAUUUCUCGAAGCUGACAAAUACGCGGCGGGAAAAAAUCUUACCAUUGCCGAUCACGCUCUGGCUAACACCGUCACCACUUUCGAGUUCAUGGACUACGACUUCAGCAAGUACAAGAACGUACAACGUUGGUAUGCUACCGUGAAGUCGGAAAUUCCAAAAUACGAAGAGAACAGCGUGGCCGGAGCCAAAGCUUUCAGGCAGCUCGCCGACAGACUGAGACAAGUAGAAUCACAGUCUAUAGACCAGCAGACUUCAGUCGUGAACAGACCACAAGUCGUUCGAGACUCGGCUGUCUACGUUUCUCGGUUAGAAACUUUUGCCCAGCUCAAUCCACAGAAAACUAUUCCCCUGUUGAUCGAUGGUGAAUACAAGAUAUGGGAAAGCAAAGCAAUCAUGAUUUAUCUGGUGAACAAGUAUGGUCAGAGUGCAGAAAGACUUUAUCCGAAAAAUCCGGCCGCUCGAGCAGUCGUGAAUCAACGACUCUACUUCGAUACCAUUUACCUCGAUAAACGUAUCAGAGAAUAUUACUUUCCGUCCGCGUUUAUGGGAGAAUCGAUUAUGGAUCCGGUAAAAUAUGAAAAUUUGUGUUUCGGCUUCGAACUUUUGAAUAAAUAUUUGGAAAAUCAGAAUUACGUUUGCGGACGGAUCUUAACUUUGGCAGAUCUAUCGAUCGUCACAUCAGUUUCAACCGCUGAAGUGUUCGAUUUUGACCUAGCUAAGUACAAAAACGUAACGGAGUGGUACGAAAGGGUGAAAAGCUCGGCACCUGGGUACAAGCUAGCCAACGCCGAAGGAGCUGAAAUGAUGAAACAACUUCUAGAGAAUUUAAAAUCUCAAAAAUCAGACGAGCAUAUCACGGCAUCGGAACCUUAUUUCAGAAAUAUGCUACAUCGACUGUUAUUCUUAUCAAUUUUUGAAGCGAUAUUACCGUGCAUAUCUGCACAUUUUUUUCGUAUAAAAGCUCGAAGAAACGCCGAAUUGUCACUUCAGUCCAGCAGCAGCAGCAGCAAACGGAUCAAAGCAACCUUCAAAAUGACUAUCGACCUGUACUACACUCCCGAGAGCGCAUCCGUAAGGGUUGUCCGAGUGGUUGCUGCCGCUCUUGGUGUGCAUCUUAACCUGAAGCACAUCAACCUGACCACCGGCGAGCACCUGAAGCCCGAAUUCCUGAGAAUGAACAUCACGCACAAAGUACCAACCAUCGACGACCACGGAUUCUACCUCUCCGAAAGCCGAGCCAUCAUCAUGUACCUGGCCGACAAGUACGGAAAGGACGACAAGUACUACCCCAAGGACAUCAAGAUGCGUGCCAUAGUCAACCAGCGAAUGAUGUUCGACUUCGGUACCCUCUACGCCAACCUCGUAAACUACUACUACCCCGUCAUCUACGAAGGUCAGACCUUCAACCCCAUGGGAAUGACCAAGAUCCACCAGUCCUUCGAGUUCUUGGACAAAUUCUUGUUGAACCAAGAAUUCCUCGCCGGUCCCAUGGUGACCCUCGCCGAUUUCACCACCGCCGUCACCGUGUCUACCUACGAUCACCUUGGCUACGACUUCGCCAAGUUCAAGAACGUCGUACGCUGGUACAACCACAUCAAGAACAUCGCACCCAAAUGGAAGGAGACCAACGAAGACGGUGCCAAGAUGUUCGCCGAGAUCGCUGCACCUUUCCUCAGGAAGCAGUAAAUUCGUUCCACUUGAAAUUCGUUCGAUUUUUCGAACGGACUCAAUGAAUUUUUACGUGUAACUUGCUAAGUUAUUCAAUAAACCGACAACUUUAUACCACGUA